AUGGGUGAUUCUAGUUCAAGUACUGGUCCAUACAUUCCUGAACCUACGAGUCCUCUGUUCUUACUUCCUUCUGAUGUGCGAGGAGUGUCUCUUGUUAGUGUUCCCUUUUCUGGGACAGGUUUUGGGGGUUGGAAGCGAAAUAUGAUAGUUUCUCUGUCUACUAAAAAUAAAAUAGGAUUCAUAGAUGGCUCGUGCGUUAAACCUGCUGAAACCUCUCCUCAAUAUAGACAACGGGAUAGAUGUAACAACAUGGUUAUAUCAUGGUUGACCAAUUCAUUAUCCCUAGACAUUGCUGAAAGCGUACAAUACUCAGAAACAGCUGAGAGUAUUUGGAAACAAUUAAACAAUAGAUAUGGGAUUGUUAGUGGGACUAAAGUUUUUGAGAUUAAAAGAGAGUUGUCCUCCACCUAUCAAGGAUCCCUAGAUGUUGCCUCUUAUUUCAAUAAGCUUAAGAAACUUUGGGAUGAACUGGAGAUUAUGCGUAGUAGUCAUGCUAAUGCUUGUAAUUGUGCUGCUAAAGAAGGUCUCCAAAAAGAAAAGGAAGAAGAUAAGGUUCAUCAGUUUUUAUUGGGACUAAAUGAGGUAUAUGUAGGAGUUAGAAGCAAUAUUCUAAUGAUGCACCCAUUGCCUUCCCUUGAUAGUAUUUAUAAUAUACUUCUACAAGAUGAAAAGCAAAGACAAGUUCUUCCAAGUCCACAAGCUUACUCAGAAUCAGCCUCCUUUCAUGCAAAUUUAAACAAGUUUGCUCCUCAAUUUUCCCCUCAGCAACAACAUCCUCAGAAAUUAAAAUCUGACCAGUAUAAUCAAAGGAAUUUUAAGUUUACAAGAGGUAAAAGGUUUGGUUCUGCUGCUGUUGUUGAAGGGCAGCAUCCUGGUGUUUCUGAUCAUGCUCUUACACAUGGUGAAGACUCUUUAAUACCUGGUUUAACCAAAGAGCAGUAUAAUCAGCUGAUGAGCCUUCUUCAACAAUCUGGUCUUAAUGAAUCAUCUUCUCAACCUGUCAUGAUGGGCUUUGCAAACUUUGCUGGUAAUUCUUCUUCCCUACCUGUGUGUCUGAAUGGUACUUCUAGUGUGCGCAUGUUGACUAAUGUAGCUGGAAGGAUAUGGAUAGUGGAUUCUGGAGCCACUGACCAUAUGACUUCAAAUAAGAACCUUCUUUUCAUUAUCACUCCUCUACCUAUACCUUACCUAGUUUCCUUGCCUAAUGGUUACAAAGUGAAAGUCACCUGUACUGGAUCUCUUACUUUGUUGCCUUAUUUCACUCUUCAUCAUGCCCAUUCUAUGAAGAAGCUUCUGGAGCUUGGUAGAAUGGACCAUGGACUAUACAAAUUUUACUAUAACCAACCUACUCCUCAUGCAUCUGUUUCCCAAAAUCUGAUGGACAGUAUUGAACAAACUAUUUCUUUUCCUGCUGUUUCUGAUUCAUUUGUUUCUAGUCCUAGCACAAUAACUGAAGCACAUGAUUCCUCUUUGAAUGCACAUGUAGAUGUUCUGAAUUCACUUCAUGAUCCUGUUUCAUUGCCAAAUUGUAACAGAAACCAACAUAUAAAUAAAAAUGAUGUUCUUUGGCAUCAUAGACUGGGGCAUAUUCCUUUUGCACUAAUGAAAAAUAUAACUUCCAUUUCUUCUUCUUUAUCAGGAAAGCAUUCCUUUAUUUGCCCUAUUUGCCCUUUAGCAAGACAACCCAGAAUGUCAUUUCCAAAUAGCUCCACUCAUUCUACUACACCGUUUCAACUUAUACAUGUAGAUACUUGGGGUCCCUACCACACUCAAACAUAUUCUGGGGCAAAAUAUUUUCUGACAAUAGCUGAUGAUUAUAGUAGGGCAACCUAG